AUGGCUUUAAUCCCCAUUCCCCGCCAGGCUUUCAAUAUCGACAAGGCUAUUCCCGUUCACGGAUACAGGAAAGCUGCACCGGGUGAUCUAAUCGAUCUCGCUAUUGAGAGUCGGAUCGCGCGGAUCAUCAAACGAUUCGCCAUCGGCGGCGAUGAUCCAUUUUUCGUCGCUGAUCUGGGCCAGAUCGUUCGACAGCAUCGUCGUUGGAUCCAGAACAUGCCCGGCAUACGUCCUUUCUAUGCGGUCAAAUGUAAUUGCGAUCCCACGUUCCUCAAGGUCCUUGCGGAUCUGGGUACUGGAUUUGACUGUGCGUCUAUUGAGGAGAUGCGCGCGGUGCUCAAUCUCGGUGUCGAUCCGGGUCGGAUCUUGUUCGCGAAUCCAUGCAAGGCCCCCGCGGCCGUGGCCUUUGCGAGAGAGGUUGGAGUCCUUCGAACGACGUUCGAUAAUAUCGAUGAACUAGAUACUAUCAAGGCGCAUAUGCCGGAUGCUCAACUAUUACUCCGCAUAUAUGCAAAUGAUGAAGAAGCUUUCAUCUGCCUGGGAGAGAAGUUCGGCGCACACCUGGACACAACUGAGGAGCUGCUUGCACGGGCGUGGGAGCUCGGCUUGAAUGUUGUUGGUGUUAGUUUCCAUGUUGGUACUGGUGCGACUAACCCGGCCUCAUUUUGCAACGCUAUUAAAGAUGCACGCUUGGUGUUUCAACAGGCUGAACGUCUAGGGUUCCACCCCAAGAUUCUUGAUAUCGGUGGCGGCUUCCAAGAUAACUGCUUUGAGUCCAUGGCACCAAUAAUCCGAGAUGCCAUCCGAGCCGAAUUCCCAGCUGGCACAACAGUAGUCGCAGAGCCGGGCCGGUUCUACGCUCGAAGUGUGUAUACUCUUGUCUGCCGAGUGAUCUCAAGGCGGCGCCAGCUUGGGAGCGCUGCGGCAUCGGGCAUUCCAGACAUGUUGUACCAGAACGAUGGCAUUUAUGGUAAUUUCAUGAACGUCAUUAUGGAGAAGGAAAUUAUGAAACCUCACCUGCUAAAAGCGAAGAAGAGCAAGGCCGCCAAUUUGGGGAAUCCUAGAACAAGCGAAAUAAGCGAAAAGGGGAAUGAGAUGACCAAAUCGACAGAGCACCGUUACUCGAUCUGGGGCCCUACAUGUGACAGCACAGACUGUGUGGCACGUGAAGUCUCUUUGGAAAACGAGGUCAAAGUCGGAGAUUGGUUCAAGUAUAAAGACAUGGGAGCUUACACGAGUACCACUGCCACCCAAUUCAACGGCUUCAGCAGUGAAUGUGAUAUAAUAUACGUGAAUAGUGAAGCAUUGCCGGACGUUUAA